CUUUAGUUCGUCAACAACUUAAGAAAGCUGAAGAUGAAUCCAGAAUUUGUUUUUAUUAUUUUGCUGGCAUUUACCUCACAAGUUAUUGCAAAGAAUGUAGAUCAAGUGCACAAAUGCAAGCCUGAUAUUUGUGGACCGAAUGCAAAGUGCAUAGAUAAUGAAGAUGAUAAAGUAUAUAACAAGUUAAAGCAACCAUAUUGUCUUUGUGAGCCCAAGACUAUUGGAAAACCACCAAAUUGUAUGAUAGGAUGCCUCAAAAAUAGUGACUGCAAUGGAGAUGAAUUUUGUGAUGUGGAUAAUAAAAUGUGCAAGAAAGUCUGUGAACAUUCCUGUAAUUCAACCGAGACUUGUCAUGAUUCUAAGAAAUUGUGCAUUGGAAAGUGUCGCGAUCAUGACGAUUGUAAAUUAAACGAAAUUUGUGACAUCGGUCAUAGCUGUGUAGCUGGUUGUAGAAGUGAUAAUUCCUGCAAAGAUAACGAAUAUUGUAAUGAUGACUUGAAAUGCAUUAAUGUUUGUGCUAAAGCAAAUUGUGGUGAAAACUCUGUUUGCAAUGGCUACAACCACAUUCAACAUUGUGCAUGUGAAGAAGGCUAUAUUCCCGAAAAAGGAGUUGGAUGUAAACAAAAGGAACCUAGUCAUUCUUUUGUUGAAUUGGAUGAAUUAGAAUGUCAUAAUUUUUGCGGAGAUUAUGCUUCAUGCAUUGUUGAAGAUGAUAUAAUUCAUUGCUAUUGUCCAAAGGACUUAAGAAGCAAUCCUAUUGUAGCAUGUCCUCCUCCACUUUUGUUUGGCACAUCUAAACCAGAAUAUUGUGAAUGCUGCGAGCAAGCAAUUGAUCCUGAUUGUGCGGUUCCAAUAUCAUGUGCAUUGGAUGCAGACUGUGUUGUUGAAGAAUCAUUGCUACCAUAAAAUGAAGAAUAUUUUUAUUUCAUUGUAAUUCAACUAAUGUUUUAAUAA